GUCAGUCAGUUCCUUCCAGCUGUCAUUCCUCCUCAAACCCCUUGAGGUUGACUGUCGUCUUUACCAGCAUGGGUCUAAUCACAGGACUCUGUACUUUUUUGUACCACUUACCUCAGAUUUACAAAUGGCUUCUGAAACCGUAUUAUAUCUCCUCGGUUUUCAUGACCGUCGCCUUCCUGCUGGUCCGAAAGGCUCCCGGUCUGUGCGAGUACCUGGCGACCCAGCGAGAGGACGGCAACUCCUGCGACUUCGACUGGGUGAGCGUGCAUGCGUGAAGGUUUCUCGCCUGCUGCAUUCAAUGUUUGUCCUCCUUUCUUCUUCUCUCUUUCUCAGUCACAAUGGAGCAGCACAUAGGCAACUUGUUCCUGUUCAGUAAAGUGGCCAACGUCAUCCUCUUCUUCAGGCUGGACAUCCGGCUCGGCAUCCUUUACCUCGCAUUGUGUGUCGCAUUCGUCAUGACCUGCAAGCCGCCUCUCUACAUGGGCCCCGAAUACAUCAAGUACUUCAGUGACAAGACCAUAGAUGAGGAGCUGCAGAGAGACAGUCGAGUAACCUGGAUUGUUGAAUUCUACGCCAACUGGUCCUCUGACUGCCAGUCUUUCGCUCCCGUCUUUGCCGACCUUUCACUCAAGUACAACUGUGCUGGACUCAGGUUUGGGAAAGUGGACAUCGGACGCUAUGGAGAGGUUUCAGAGAGCUACAGGGUGAGUACCUCUCCUCUGGCCAAGCAGCUGCCCUCUCUGGUGCUGUUCCAAGAAGGGCGCGAACUCAUGAGACGUCCGAUGGUGGACAUUAAAGCGAGAGCUGUGUCUUGGACCUUCAGUGAGGAGAACAUUAUCCGAGCGUUUAAUCUCAACGAACUCUUCCAAAAAUCCAAGAAGCUGAACAAAAGUCGUGGUUUGAAAGAAGAGAAGAGCGGCGUUCAGCCAGAGGAGGUCAGCGACGAGCUCCACCCUGAAACCAACAACCUGGAGCCGCCCACAGAGAGCAAGAAAGACCAGUGAGAGGAUUCAGAGACGGGCUGCAUGCCACACGAGGAGGCCAAAGUCUAGAAUAUGGCGGGACGGAGAGAGGGGAAAUGGUUUCAACCACUACUAGACGUCAAGUCUUCACUGUGGCAAAUAAAUACCCAAAAAGCUGGACCACGUUUCCCUGGUCUGACUGGGUAUGAUGCAGUGUGGUUUGAAUGCAGCUAAGCAAAAGACGAGUAAUGAUUUUAGUACAUUUUAUUAAGUUAUUUGAGAACAAAUGCGUUUUUUAUAAUGCAUGGUUUUUUUGGCUACUUUUCGCAACUUCUCAUCACCGUGUGUAAACCUUUGCUGCCUGUAUUUUUACUGGUGCCUCAUGUUUCUAAGCCAAAAUAAAACUGUGCAGUUAAGAUUCACGACUCAGUUAAUCAGUUUGACCUUUUUAUUCUGAGAAGACAUCUUUUUAAAAAUUCUUUAUAAGGCCAUUUUGGAAAUGUCUUUUAUGUACUCUUUACAGAUAUUUGUGAAACUCAUUCCAUUCAUCACAGCCCACAAUAGCAAUAUUUUAUCUCACAUAGAAGUUUACUCACAUAGGUUCAAAUUGUUCAGUGGUCACAAUUGUUGGCCAGCGCAGGAAGAAAAGUAUCUCACGGUCUCUUUAUCGAUGGCUGCCUGUGCCACUAAUGAUGCUUCUUUUUCUUGUAACCACCCACACAUUUACCCAGGUGGGCUUUUUGACAAUAUUCUCAAGUUCGCACGCCAGUGAAGCAUUCAGCACGACCAACAAAAACCACAUGCACACCGACGACGUCGCCGCCUGGGAGGGUUGAAAACUAGUAACACGGUCGUUUGGGUUGAGCGAUGACACUUGUGUGCUUCAAGCGAGUACUUUCCCCCCAAAGACGUGCUACAUUCAGCCAGCUUUGACAUUCUACUGCCAACACCGCUGGAGGCCUUAAUAGAAUAAAUAAAAUCUUAACCGUAAUGCCCAAUCCUGAAACUAUUCCUUUCUUAACAUGGCGGUGGGUUAAAGGGUUAAAAAAAAAAAAAACCUGUACCUUUACAGAAGUUUUAAAA